GAGCCAUGCUCUGGGAAGCCAUAUUCCCUCCUGUUCCUAGCUUAGUAAAGGAAAUGCUGCUGCUGAAUUAAAUAGAGCACCUUUUAAUUCAUUUUAUCCUCGCAAUAACUCUGGGAAGGAGGUGCUAAUUUUAUGCCCAUUUUACAGAUGAGGAAAUUGAGGCAGACAGAUUUGUCCAGGGUUAUAGAGCUAUGAAGUGAGUGUUUGGGGCUAGAUUUAAAAUUAGGCCUUCCUGAUUCCAGAGCUGUCAUUCUAUCCACUGAACCACUUAAAUAUGCUUGGGAAAUAAAUUCAGCUUAUGUAUUCAUGUUGUGUGAGGUAAGAAGCAGCAUGGAGUCAUGGAUGUAUAACCAGCUUAGAGUCAGGAAAUCUUACUUCCAACACAAACUGGCUAAGUGAUCCCCCCGGGCAAAUGGUUUAAAAGGCAACGGGCCAUUCGCCCUUCCGAAUCUGUGAUCCCAAGAACCUACAGACAUUCGCAGGCUGUAGGAUCCUGAGCAAGUCACACAAUCUCUCCCGAGUUCAGUUUCCUUGUCACAGAGGGACCGUGAGGACAAAUGGGAUAACACAGGUGAUGUGUCUUACAAACUUUUAAAUACCAUAGACAUGUCAGCUAGUUUUAUUAUUAGGAAGACCUUGACCAAACAAAUGAUAAAUCAUUUAUUAAUUACUUACUAAGUGCCAGACUUGUGCCAAGUCCUAAAGAAUAUAAAUAAAAGCACAGUCCCUGCCUUCGAGGAGCUUAAUGUUCUACUAGGGGAAACACUUCUUAGAGGAGAGCUGGACGGAGUAUUGGGGAAGGUAGCAGGGAAGAGGCAAAGAAUCCUGGGAGAAACAGGGGCCGGCAUCCCCAGGGCAGAGGCCAAAGGCUUGAGCGAGACGCCCGAGUGCUGGCGGCGUAGUUUGGCGAGCGACCCAGCUAAGGCAAUAAAUCCUGAAAGCGACCCGUGCUGCUCUGGGACAGUUCUCCUUGUAGAAAGUGUGUCCUGAGAAGCCAGCCAGGCAGGCCCACCUGCAACCAAUCCAGAAUUCCCUUACACCAGGUAUCCAGUUCAACAUCCUGAUUUUGCAGUGAGGAAACUGAGACCCAGGGAAAGAAAUUGGCUUCCCUGAGGUUACAAGCGGGAGAGGCAGGAUUUGAACUCGGCUCCUUUGACUCCCGACUAUCUCUUCACAGCAUCAUAGCUGUCUUCUCUGUGUUGCCUUCCUGUCAGGACACAAGCUCCUGGAGGGCAGGAACAGUCCUGCUUGCUUGAAUUUGCAUUUCCAUUGCUUAGCACAGGACCUGACACAGGAAGUUUUUCGAGCUUUUUUUCAUUCGUUCAUCAAUGUUUCAGUCUCCCACGGAGAUAACAUUUCUUACUUCAGAUCCUCCAAAGAUUGCUCCUGUCCUACCCCGACUGCGGCCUCCCCCAGCACAGAGAUUAAAUGCCUUCAUUAAAGGCUCUCAUGAGUGAUAAAGCCAUAGCCCUGCCCCCCCCCCAAAAAAAAAAAAAACCCUCAUCUACUGGCCAAGAUCUACCCAUGAUUGCCUUGGGAUAAAGUUAGGCUGGUUCUUCUACAUUAGACAAGGGAUCUCGAGGCUGUUCCCAAAGCUUUUUCAGCCUGUCAGUGCACACCAAAGACAUCUCUCAGAAUGCAGGAGACCCGGCAGGGAUGGGGGAGGAGAAAAGGAAGAGUCCUGGGUCCCAUCUGAGACCAGGGGUGGGCUGCAUGAGCUGGAAAGGGGCAGCAAAAUCAACCAGAGGGUAAUGGGAAAGGUUGGGGAUGAGGAAGCAGCAACAUAGGAUAGAGAGGAAGGACAAUCAGCAGCCCCUUGGUGCUGAGACACAGGGCACCUCAAGGACUGUCUAGUCCAACCCCAUCGUUUUACAGCUAAGGAAACUGAGGCAUUCAAAGGUGAAGUUAACUGCUCCAGUUCACACAGAUGGUAUGUAAGGCAAGAUUCGAAUUCUAAUCUUUCCAGCCUCUAGGGAGCUGGUGGCCUGCUAUUUAGAGUGCUAGGCUUAGAUCCAGAAAGACUGGGGUUCAAAUGGCUGUGUCAGAGAGAGAGACAGACAGACAGACAGAGACAGAGACAGAGAGAAAAGAAAGGAAAGGAAGGAAAGGGAAGGAAGGAAGGAAGGAAGGAAGGAAGGAAGGAAGGAAGGAAGGAAGGAAGGAAGGAAGGAAGGAAGGAAGGAAGGAAGGAAGGAAGGAAGACAAACAGGAGAAAGGAAAGAACAAAGAUUGGAAACAGGGAAAACAGGGAUGUGACUAGGAGUCAGGAGUGUUGACUUCCCAACUUUGCUACCAACUAGUUUCAUGAACUUGAGCAAAUCCCUUCCUAUCUUUGGAUGUCAGUUUCUUGUCCAUUCUGGUCAGAAUUGAGUGCAUUAGCUUCACCAUUUCCUGACCCUUGAAACAGCUUUUCUUUUUUCCUCUUCAGCUUCCUCAGCAGAACUAAAGCACCCAAAGUAUAUAUUGAUUCUUCUUUUAAUUAGCUCUAUUGAUGGUGUGGAGUGCCAAGGGCCCAGGGAAAGCUUCCUGCAUCUCUGUUUCUAUGUGUUUGUGUCUCUGUCUGUUUCUGUCUGUCUCUGGCUCUCUGUUCAUCUCAGCCUUCUCUCUGCUUCUCUGUGUGUCUUUUUUCUGUUUCUCUGUCUCUGUCCUUCUGUCUGUCUUCUCGUUCUGCCUGUCUCUGUCUCUCUGUCUCUCUUUCUCCUCUCCCUCCUCUCUCACCCCGCCCCUCCACGGUAGUGCUAAUUAAACUAACCCCCCCACCCCCCCACUUUGGAGCAGUCACGAUUCUCUCAAAAGUGACCUAGAGAAGGAGCUGGCUGUGCUUUGGUGUGACCAUGGGGUAGCUGGGAGGAACAUCCUAGCUGAGAAAAGUGCUUUCUUAGAGGAAUCAUAAUGAGUAUUACGGGGUUUUGUUGUCGUCUUUUUUUCCUUGAAGUCACUAGAUCUAGUUCCCUUGACUUCCCAAUCUGAAAAUCUGGCUCUUGGGGACCUCUGCUUGUCCAGCUGCCUGUCCAGCUGUUGAGAGGCCACAGGGCAGAUACUAGGAUUCAUUUACCUGGAGGGGAGAAGGGGAAGGGCUGUCACUCAAACAGCCGGGGCUUUGCUGUGAUGAAGAGCUCAAAAAGAAAUUAUUUUAAAGGUUCAUGUGAUAAAUAAAUGAUGCUCGAAUACCGUAAAGUCUUCCUAUCCUCAGUAUUCCAAAGGAUGGCGCCUUCACUGUCUUCUCCGACAUGAAUUGCAGCCCCUCCAUGAUCUCACUGGUGGUGUUCCUUAGAACCUGAUAUUUGCUCACCAGGGGACCGGCCUAACCAGAAUUUGGCUGUUCUCACUACCCUACCACCCCACUCAGGAACUCUCCAUGCAUCCCUUACCAGAGCCUGGGCGCUGUGGCAGAACUUUGGGGACCUUGGAGUCCCUUUCAUGUAAGAAUGAGGUGACAUAGAUGACUAAUAUGUAUAUAUGUAUAUUGUUGUGUGUAUGUAUAUAAUAUAUAUAUGUAGGCACAUAUACACGGUGCAGUAGCUAGGCUUGGACUCAGGAAGAAGAGGUCACCUCAGACCCCAGAUGCUUGCUAGCUGUGUGACUCUGGACAAGCCUCUUGACCUCACUAUGACUCAGUUUCCUCAUCUGUAAAAUGGGGAUAAUAUUUAAUAGUACCUAUUUCCCAAGGUUGUUUUGAGGAUCAAACGAGAUAAAGCCCUUAGCCCAGUGCCUGAUGUUAGCUGGGGUUGCUAUUUUCUGCACAUAGUUACACCCACAUGUUCCCACACAUAUUGAUGGACCCCGAGCUCAGGGGAAAGCACUAGCGUGGAGGGGAAAGAGGAAAGAUGGGAUUUGAGCUGAAUCUGGAAGAAAACCAGUAGGGAGAUUUGGGGGAGGGGAGGAGAAGGGGAAAAGGCAUGGCUGUACCACUGAGGGAAGGGAAGAGGUGGGGGGGAGGGGUAAGAAAGGACGUUCAAAGCAGAAGAAAGGCUGUUGUCUUUUCUCUCCGAGGUCCCCGGUCUUCAUCGGGCAUAGUUGGGGGGCGGAGGGGGGGAACCCGACGUCAUCAGCGCUGGGCUUGGAGUCCCUGUUCUGGGUCGCCGCUGACUUGGAGAGAGUGUGGCGUAGUUGGGAGACCUCGGCGUAUUCUAGAGUCCCAAGUCCUGGAAUCAAAUCCCGCUCUGACCCAUAGGAGGCAGAUUCCCUUUCUAAAUUAAGUGAAUUCUUUGCUUCGUGAGCUGCUUUCUUCACUUCUCUCGGAAAGGAGGGCCCGGAGCGCCCUAGGGUCUCUGCCUCUGUCUUGGCCCCCGCCCUCGCUCUCAAGCUCCUUUUUAAUUUUUCCAAGUGUCUCCAUGACGGGACAACACAAAAACAGCCGCCCAAUGUUGCCAAUUGGUCGGAUUUUCAAUGGGCCUUUGUUUCUAGGACAAACUGCCUGUUGGACGGUACCCCCAGACCCCAAAGCUUCUGAGAAAUGGGCUUCAAGUCGAUGAUCCGAGGAGUCGAGUUUCAAUCGGGGGCUCCUAACUUCGCCUCUCGGCUGUUCUUAGUCUUUUGUAACAGUUUUUUUUUUUUUUUUUAAUGUGAAUGUUUUCUCUUUUUUUAAACUUUGAUUCUAUUUGUUGCUUUUUCUUUUUUUAACACCUCCAAGUGACCUAAGGCUGUCUCUGCUCAAUCGCGUCUAAUUGGCUUAAGGGCGGAGUCUGUUGAUAAGGGUGGGACAGUAGGAGGGGAGGGGAAAGUAGGAGGGAGGGGAGAGAGAAAAAGGGGGAGGGGGGAAAGGGGCGGGGAAAGCACAGGUUGCACCUGGCUGCCAUAUUUAGCUCAGCCGUGGAGUUGGAGGACGUUCCGGGCCUUCCGAGGUUGAAGCUCGCCGUCUGAGAGCGCGGCGCCCGCCGAGGCGUAGCAGGAGCGGCAGACUCGUUGGCCAGUCCUAUCCUGGUGCUCCGCCGAAGCUAACGCGCCAGCCCCUUCUAGCCCCGCUAUGCAGGCCGAUCCCCAAACAGCUUCUACCUGGGCUCCCAUGGACCCCGACGCCGCCGCCGCCGCCGCCGCCGCCGGCGGACAAGACCCCAUCUGCCCAGACACCCCUGGGCUAGAGCAGCAUCCCGCGCUGGAGCAGCACCCCGCGCAGCCCUCUGGGAAGAGGCCCGAAGACUUCGUUUUCCGCAAGGUCGUGGGGGAGGGAUCGUUCGCCACCGUCAUCUUGGCCCGGGAUCUGGCCACCUCCAAGGACUACGCGAUUAAAAUCCUGGAGAAAAAACAAGUCAUCCGGGAGAAGAAGGCUCGCUACGUGGUCAGCGAACGGGACGCCAUGUCCCGCCUGGACCACCCUUUCUUUGUCAAGCUUUACUUCUCCUUCCAGGACGACGAGAGACUGUAUUUCGGCCUCAGCUACGCCCCAAAUGGAGACCUCCACAAGUACGUCAAGAAAAUGGGUCCCUUGGAUGAGCCCUGCACCCGCUUUUAUUCCGCCGAGCUCGUGUCCGCUCUGGAGUAUUUGCACGGCCUGGGAAUUAUCCACAGGGACCUGAAACCCGAAAACAUCCUCUUGAACGCCGAGAUGCACAUUAAGAUCACAGACUUCGGCUCGGCCAAAAUCCUGGCCCCCGGGGAUCCCCAGGCCCGGUGCAACUCCUUCGUGGGGACGGCGUAUUACAUGUCCCCGGAGCUCCUCCUGGACAAAAGCGCGUGUAAGAGCUCGGACCUGUGGGCUCUGGGCUGCGUGCUCUACUUCCUCGUGACUGAAAUGCCUCCUUUCCAAGCCAGAAACGAGUAUCUUCUGUUCCAGAAGAUCCUGAAGGGAGCGUAUGAUUUUCCAGACCACUUCUUCCCAACGGCGAAAGACCUGGUGGAAAAGCUGCUGCUUUUGGACCCCCGAAAUCGACUAGGCUGCGAAGAAAUGGGGGGCUACGGCCCCUUGAAGGCCCACCCGUUCUUCGAGAACGUCUCCUGGGACAGUCUCCAUCUGCAGCCGUCUCCGUUGUCGCCGCCGUCCUCCGUCUCCGCAGCCGAAGAUGAAGAUGAGGCGGAAGACUUGGAAAACUGUGAUAUCUUCCACCUCUUGGGUCUGCCUUUAUCUUCCUCCUCCCGCGGCUGCGCCCAGGCCGGCGCGCCCCGAGGUGCCGUGGACAGCUACGUCCACCGAGCGGACGAGAACUCUUUGGAGCUGGACCUCACCUUUUCGGAAGAGGAGAAGGGCCUCUUGUUGGAGAAGCAGGCUCGGGAGAACCCGUGGCAUCCCUUUGUAGACGGUCGUUUGAUCCUGAAAAUGGGUCCCGUGGACAAACGAAAAACGGCCUUUGCGCGUCGGCGCCAGCUGCUUCUCACCGAAGGCCCCCACCUCUAUUACGUGGAUCCUGUCAGGAGAGUCCUGAAAGGAGAAAUCCCGUGGUCCCCACAACUGUGGCCAGAAGCCAAGAAUUUUAAGACCUUUUUCCUUCACACACCCAGUAAGAUCCAUCACCUGAGGGACCCGAGCGGGAAUGCUCACAAGUGGUGCCAGAAGAUCCAGGAGCUUUGUCAAAACAGAUCAAACCAUCCCCAGGCUGCCGCCUAGGGGGGGCCCAGAGCCCUGGCACCCGCUCUAAGGACCUUAAGAAGUUCUGCUUAAAAUCGCAAACCUGCCAACCCAAGCCUUACUUUCCUAUGUAAUAGGAGGUAUGUUUUAGUGGGGGCCUUUUCCAUCUUGUCUCAACCUCCCCCCCCUUAAUGAUCACUGAAACCUGGGGAUUAAUUUAAUGUCUCUGUUGAAACUUGUUUUUUUUUUUAUUGUAUUUUAUUCUUCUGUUCCACCCUUUUUUUUUUUUAAAUAUGUAGCAAAAACGAAUAAAUUGCUUUUACUUUCUACUUUAUUGCUUGCUGUUUUAUGAAUCUGAGGGGGUCUUGCUAAGUUGUCCUUCUCCAGAAGAUUUCAUGAAUGAAUUAAUAAAGAAAUAACUGGUAACUUUUGUAUUAAAAAAAAAUAAAAACCUGGAGAAACAAAGCUCCUCCUUCAAAGAGCCUGUGUUCUAAGGAGAGUCAGGAAACACUGCCUGAUCUGGAGAACUUGAAAGAUCAUUAUCUAUUUUAACUGGGUUUAAGACAUGUUAUCUAGGAGAGGGAUAAUACCCUGGCUCUCUAACACUUCUCUAUUUGUCGCCGUCCUCAAUGGAAACCAAGUACAGAAGAGUCUGUAGGUUGAUUGACGGGAGUAAGGUGCACAGGGACAGGUGGGACUCCAACUGGGGCUCAGGGGAGCGUGGGGGAGAGAACUUAGCUUGGGCAAUAGAAGUCGGAUUAGUGGGUGGAAGGUUUCCUUCCCCAUCUUGACUGUUUCCUUCACAGAUACCACUGAGGUGAAGCUUUUCCUGGAGCUUUAGGGCCGACAGGGGCAUGAGGGAUAAUUGAGGGUGUCCCUUUUCAGAAAGGAAGGCCCAGGGAGGCACCCAGGAUUACAGAGAAUAAAUAAGAGGCAGAAUUUUAA